AUGUUGACGGUCGGUGCAAUUGAUUUGCUCAAUAUAGUCAAUACAGUCUCAUAUGAAGCUUCUGAACCUACACCUGAUGGUCAUAUCAAGCCGGAACUCCAAGUCCCAUCUGGUAUCACCACAGCUUACAAUGGAUGUGAAGGAUUUGGAAGUUGGUGUCCAGCGAAUAAUGAUGUAACAAACAAUGAUUUUUCGACAGUCGAUGGAGCAUCGAUUUCCACACCUAUCGUUACUGGUGCUACUUACCUUCUCAAAAAACAACUCAACUACUACGGUGUGUUAAAUCCUCAGCCAGAUCUUAACUAUUCUUGGCUUAUUGCACUUACCGGUAAUCUACAAAUACUACCGGUACAGGUUUUCUAA